AUGGCUCUCAGAUGUGAAGAGGUCUGUUUACUAAGAGCAUUUUUCCUGCAGUAAGUAACGCCAUAAACAUUUCUGGAAAUAAGAGGCUUUACUUAUUGUUUUUUUUCAUUAUAAUCCGAAAUUCAUAAGGUAAACUCGAAUUGUUCCCUCUUUGGAUUAGCAAGAGAUGAAUUCAUUUACUAGAUGAUUCAGUAUAAAUUCCCUGGACACCUUGAUAAUUCAGAGGAACUCAGGAAAGGCUAUCUUCUCGUUCCACAGUCUAUGCAUGGAGAGUAAUUUAAUUUAAAAAUAAUAAUUGAAAUUAUUACACGUCUAUUUGACUGGCAUCAGACGUGUUCCCACCUUUUUCAUCACCGUAACUAUUAGGACUGUAUGGUAGAUUAUUCCAAUCUCCAACUUGGUUUUAACUCCAGGGAGUAGAGAGCAAGAGAGCUCCGUCCAGGUUGCCCGUAUUUGGCAUACCCACAGCCCCAUAGAAAGGGCCGGCCCAAGACAUUGUGCUGCCUGGGUCGAGGGAUGAAAUGCUGCUCACCCCCCUAAACUUCAUGCUUAUCCAGGAGAUGCAGUGUGUAUAGUGAAUGCAUUGUAUGCAUGUGUAUAGUGGAUACAGAGUGUGGAUGCAGUGUAGUGCAUUCAGUGUCUUUGUAGUAAAUGUUGUUUAGUGGGUGCAUUGUCUGUAUAGUUGAAGCAGUGUCUGUGAUUGUGUAAAGUGUAGUGGAUGCAGUGUGUGUGUGUGUGUGUGUGUGUGUGUAGUACAGACAGAUACACAGUUACAGGCAGAGAAUCACACAUAGGUACAUACACUUUCUCUCACACACAGUUUCUCACUCACACACACAGACCGUUUCUCACAUACACAAAAUGCCGCCCCUGUAAAAGUGCCACCUGGAGCCGUGGCCCCACUGCUGCCAAUGGCCAGCCCUACCCAUAGUGAGCAGUUUUUGAACUUUUUACCUUAAAUUUACAAGUGUUUCUUCUGCCAUGUCCCUUCCGUGCCAGCCCAAGGCUUCAAUAAGGAAGCUUUGAAGUGGGCAGCGGUAAUAGGUUAAGGAGCAUGUCUUAUUUAUUCUGUUUUGUGAAUGGGAAGCUAAGCUGAGCGCAUCGGCCGAUGUUCUCACCCUAUCAGCAGCACCUGGUCUGUAGCUUCCGAAUUGAAGCCUGGGGCUGGAAUGGAAUGAUGGCGCAUAGCUGAUGGGUGCCAGUGUGAAGGCUUUUGGGUUAAACCCUUUAGCAAUUUAACUCCUUGUGGUAAGCUGGCACCUAGAAUUUUCUUGCACCAAAACAAUUUCAUUCCGGUAAAGUAAUUGAGUCUGGAGUGUCUUCAAAGAGCUUUUGAUUUUUGAAUGUCUUCAUGUUCAGUAUCCUUACACAAUGCAUGAUGAUACAGAACAUGGCUAAUUCUUCAUGUAGAAAGCAUUAGAUUGGUUUAGCUCGGCAUUUGCCAUAAAUGGACAGUCUCCUCCUUCGUGCUUGUGUAGGAGAAGCAUCGAGAUUGGACAGAAGUCAUCAGAAUUAAUAACUUAAUCAGUCAUCCUCCCCUGUAAUCUAAUGUAAAAAAAAAAAAAAAAAUACAUUCUGUCAUUGAAAGUAAAUAUGUUUAAUUUUAAGGUUAUAGUCUUCUUUUAAACAAUGGUAUUGCAUGGAUUGCUUCAUUGCUCCAUUAUGGUGCCUAGAGUGUCGCUUUAACAUGUGUGCUAGGCACGCCGUAUAACAGAAUUAGAAGUUUGACCUAUAAAUUCUAUUAACCUCAUCGCUUUAAAUGUUCAGAUAACAUGUUUGUGCUACUGCAACACUAAAAAAAAUGUAGGUCAUUCUGAAAAGAAAUUCAGAAAAGUUGUUAAAUCACAGAUUAUAUAUUUCCCAUAUGAAAUACAUUUACCGCAGCAUUCAUAGCACCCGGAGAGGAUCAAACCAUAUUAUUUCAUGUCUUGCAGAAACAGGCAUCAUAACAGCUAAAAUCCUUCCUGUUCAGCAUGUAUCAAUCAUUCUUAUACCGCUCAGUGUUACAUUAUCCCUUCAUUUGAUCAACAUUUACAAGGAUUUUUAUUUCUAGCUCCUCUUCAGAUAUAGCUAAAGUGGACAUUUCUCCUCCAACAUUAGAAAAAUCAAUUUUAAUCCUAUUUGGAUGGAAUUCAUUGGCUGGGUGCAUCUUCUGAUUAUCUCAGCCAAUAAACUGCCACUAAUGCAGAAGUUCUAAUGUCCACGUUAGUGAUACAUGAAGAGAGAUUGCUGAACUGUUGGCACCCAGUGGACACAGAUUAGUCAGCAUGGUGCUGAGGGUUAUCAUACCUGGACUGACCCUUUUAAAGGAACACUCAAAGUACCGUGGCCACUGCAGCAGUCUGUUGUGGUUGUUUUAAGUGUUUCUUUAAAUCAAGAAGUCAAAUAAUAUCUGAAGAUUUACACUAGAUGUUAUAAGUACCAGCCGUCAUGUCUAUUAGAAAGCCCUAUUGUUUCAUUUGUCACUUGAUUUACUACUACAUAUUUAUAUAAUGGAGCUGAUCUUUACUCCCAGUUUACUCAACUGCUGUCAUCAAAUGAUGUUUGUUUUCUUGUAAUGAAAGAGCCUUUUUAUUUGGCAUCUAUUGUGAUAAUUCACACUGUGACUCUUUGCUUUUUUUUUUCUCCCCCAGCUGCGUCUUAACAGCAUUAAGAAGUUGUCUACUAUAGCCUUGGCCUUGGGUGUUGAGAGAACCAGAACAGAGCUUCUUCCUUUCCUGACCGGUAUGUGUUAAACCUCUGGUAAAACUGAUUCUCUGCGAUCCUGGCAUUGCAAUGCAUGAUCCGUUCACAAUACAAUGCCUUAAACAUUUCUUUUGUCACUUUAUAUGUAUGUAAUUAUUGAAAUUAAGCUAUUUGUCUUCUGGUUUAUUUUUGCAAAUUUCUAAUAUGUGAACUUGUCAUCCUCCUUCGGGUAGCAUUAGAUUUAACCUACAAUUGCUAAAUAAAUUAAAGGAACACUAUAGCUUUAGAAAUUCAGGUGUGUUUUCCUAACACUUAUACUGUCCUAUCAUCGGCAGAACAGGAAUGUUUUACACUGCAGGGUUUAAAAGAGGGGGGGAGGGCAAUGCACCAAGGCCACACCAUUGAGAUGUCAUGAAAUGGUCUGAGUGCUAUUGUGUCCAUUUAAGUCUCUAGUGAAAUACCUUUCCGUUUAUACAUUUAAUAGUUGUUUUUUUUAGAUUGUACAGUGUAUAUAGAUUAUAUUCACAAUAAAGUAAUAUGACGUUCUGUAUAACAGGUGAGUAUAUGUAAUGUCUGUUACCUUUGCCAGGAAACUAUUUAAUAAACUCCCAGCUGCUGAGGGGACUUUGAGAUAAGCAUAAUCCAGAUGGAGAUGCUCCUGACGUCUGUUCUAGACUUGUGCAAAAUUUAGUCUGAAUAAAAUGUCUCUUGACUGAUACUGGAACAAAUUGCGAAUCUAUCUCAAAUGUAAACUCCACAGGCAAAACCCUUUGGAAUCAAGUUUUUUUGUGUAUUACCUGGAAUUUUAUUCAGACGUAUUGCUUAAGAAUUAUAUUUUGCAUAUGUCUAGCCUAUUUUUUGGUUUGUGGGGGUUGUGCCUAGACCAGGAGUCGGCAACAUAUGGCACUCGAGGUGCCUUUGCAUGGCACUCAAGGCUGCCAGAGACAAACAGACUCUGGCCUAUCAGGAGUCCCAGUGGGACUUCAGAUAUCUGCUAGUGCAACCCAAGCGGUGAUUGCAGGUAGUGAGGGACAAUCCUCAAUUUACACAUUGCAGCACUUAGAGGAAGUGCUCUCAGAUCAUCUACUACUACUAGAAACAGAAGUUCCUAAGCCUCUCUGGGGAUGCUAAUAGAGGAGAGGAGUUGGACCAAGCAGACCCUUGGUUAUAAGUAACAUUUUACUUAAAAUGGUUUGACUCGUUACAAUGAGUGGCACCAGGGCUCUCCUGGGACUAUAACAACUUCAGUGAGUUGGAGUGUUCUUUUAUCAUUACUACAAACAAGUAUAUAUUUAUGUAGUUAGCUUGUAUCAGAACUGGGGCUAUAAUUCAUCCUUUUGCACAGUAUGAAACUUGCUUUCUGAGCUCCCCUUGGCAACAGUAAAAGGUUGUCAUUUAUACAUUUUAUGAAAUGAAAUUCAUGAUCUUCUUAUAGGACCAUUUCGUCAGUGACUGAGUCACCAUUUGUUACACACCGCUAUAAACAAGCAUUUCGUGAGUGGUAAAGUGUCUCUGUACUUGUUUGCUAUGUUGACAGCUAGAAAAUUUAUUCCAGUAUCCUCUGUGCCCUCUACACUCACAUGUUCAACCGUUCUGACUGCACAGGGUACCCAGGCUGUGUGUAUCCAUGGAAACAUGCAUGAUUCACCUGACGGCUCAACGCCGAGAUGUUCACAAUUUGUGUUCCCACUUGAUUUCAUGUUCUCUGGGUAAAUGGUAAAUGUAUCUGUGAACUUUGCAGUGCUUUCGACAUAUACCGGUCGUUCUAGUACAGCUGUCAUGCAAAAUUAAGGUAGCCGUAAAAUUCAUCAGGGCAUUGUUGUAGGCAAGUUGCUACUAAAUGUAUAUUUAUUUUUGGCAAUUUAUAGGGUUGUCGUUCUACAACGGCUUGCAUGAAUUCAUCCCACCUAAUUUGCCUGUUUUUUGGGAAUAUGGACGUUAAACGAUGCUUGUGGUGUGUAUACGCACUUCAUAUGCUUCUUAUCACGGCAGAAAGGGGUUUAUUUGCUAAACUCCACAAAGUGUAGUGAAAACUAAAUUGCAAAAUGUAGCUUAAACUAGCAGUGUUUGUAGCUGGGUUGUGGAGUUUUAAGUUGUUGUCUUUGUCUUCAUUCCAUAAUACCUGAAUCUGCAGAAUGCUGUGUGCUUCACACGGUGACACUGCAUGCUUAGCCAUGAUAUCUAAUGUAUACAUUCGAUUAUAUUAUUUGCAUAUUUGUGGAGGACACAGUAAAAUAAGUCGUAACAAGUUCUAUUUUGUAAACCAUCUUUUUAAAAAGCUGGAAGUUUGAUGUAUAGAUACGGAUUGAAUUACUGCAACUGCAAAACUUUAGAGCUGGCUAAAUUAUCAUCUCCUUUGAACUUGUAUAACAGACUCUGGUUUUAUGAUGCUAGGUAUUUACCUUAUGGCAUGAUCUCUACAUCUCAUUGUAUUCCAAGUCCAGGCUUGUUGACGGGGAGGAUGGGUGCUGGGAUCCUUAAAUCAGCUGUUCGUGUUUCAUUAGCUUGCUUAUAUAUGUACAUUGCAGUUUCUCUAGUGUUAUGUGGGUACCCCUUGCCCUCAUUCUCUGGGCAUGGUGGUCCGACAGAUCAUUUAUUCUUAGGGAAAGUUGGACCCUAUAUCUAUAAUGGUGUGCAGAUAGUACAAGUUAUUACAAUACCUGAAAAGCUAGUUAUUCAGAUAAGAAUGGCUGUCUUUAUUUUCCUACACUCUUCCUUAUUUUUCCCUUUUUCCUGUCCAUCAUAUUUCAGAUUUUGUUAGAAAUGUUUCCACUGAUUAAGCCUUGCUUUGGUUGUUUAUAACUCACAAUGGGCAACUUCACUGACAGCUUAUUUUUAGAUGUUUCUUACAUUUUAAACAAUAAUCAGAACCACAUGCAGUGACACAUACAAAGAUCCAUUUUUAGCAAUAUCGAUCUGAGAGCUGUUAAAAUCCCACACACCAGCCCACCAGUCACUGUGUGGGGUCUCUGCAUAAUUUGAGGUGUUAUAUUUGCCUCAAUCUCUCACUCACUUGCGCCACCAUGGUCUUCCUGCCAGUCCUCUUCAGCUGCCGGAAGCUUAUGUCUUUGUUGUGUUCUUGCGCAUAUGUGAGAGUACAACACUGAUGUCCCGUUAGACUGGGAUCCUCCAUAGACAUUCCUUUUUCCCUAAAGCUGUGACUGGGUUAAAGGACCACUAUAGUGCCAGGAAAACCUACUCGUUUUCCUGGCAAUAUAGUGCCCUGAGGGUGCCCCCACCCUCAGGGUCCCCCUCCCUCCGGGCUCUAGGAUGAGGAAGGGGUUAAACUUACCUCUUUCUCCAGCGCUGGGCGGGGAGCUCUCCGCCUCCUCUCCUCCUCUUUGGCUGACUGCACAUGCGCGGCAGAAGCCGCGUGGGCAUUAAGCCAAAUCGAUAGGAAAGCAUUCUCAAUGCUUUCCUAUGGACGCUGACGUCUUCUCACUGUGAAAAUCACAGUGAGAAGCGCGGAAGCGCCUCUAGUGGCUGUCAGGGAGACAGCCACUAGAGGCUGGAUUAACCCAUUUAUAAACAUAGCAGUUUCUCUGAAACUAUGUUUAUAGAAGAAAGGGUUAAUCCUAGCUGGACCUGGCACCCAGACCACUUCUUUAAGCUGCAGUGGUCUGGGUGCCUAUAGUGGUCCUUUAAGCAAAUGACAAAGUAGCUCUUCCUUAAGUUUUGUCAAGAGUAGGGAAAAUACUAAGGCAAAGUAGUACCUACUUUAUCUUCGUAUAUCUUUUGACUGCGUCAGAAAUUCCAAUGCAAUGUGACUUCAUUCAAGUGCUUGUUCGGGGGGGGUGGGGGGGAGACAGACUCUUUAAAAAUGACAAGACAAAACCAUGCAUCUCAGCAGAUGUAUUCUUUUCUGUACUAAACACCAUUGGUUUUUUUUUUUUGAUUGAUUUCAGAUACCAUAUACGAUGAAGACGAGGUGCUCUUGGCUCUUGCGGAACAGUUGGGCAGCUUUACCACCCUCGUGGGAGGUCCUGAGUUUGUCCACUGCCUGCUGGUGAGUCCUGCAGAAUAUGCUGUGUAUAACUUGGGCUAUAGCACCCACUUUUUCUAACUAAAUAAAGUAUUCUGAAUGUCAUCACUCUUAUUGUCCAAUAACUGCCUCCUCAAAAAAAAACAUGUCUUUUCUUGCUGUAUAAUUUAAAUCUUUGUACCAUUAAAGGGACUGUGUAUGCAGUCUAAACAAUUAAGUGGUUGUAAUGCAAGUCCUCUGCUGUUAGUCAAACCGUAUUGAGCAUUUUUACAAAAAGGGGUUCUCCUGCCACCCUAUGUUUUAUCUUCUUGGAAACAAAGUUUCAUAUUCCUCCUUUUCAGGGAACCUCUCUCAAGGUUAACUAAGUGAGAAAGUAGCAAAUAACAGUUAUUUAUUUUGGUGAAAGCUCUUACAGAAAAUCGUUCUAGAUGCAGGAGAGAAUUCAUUGUUUUUUUUUUUUAAAGUGAAUUCAGAGUACUUGGCUGUAUAGUAAAUAACCCUUUGCACUAGGCAAUGCGAUCCACUGUUAUCCUAGCUGAAAUCGUUCUUAAAACUAGUGUAACCCUUUACGCAACAAUUAGUUUCAUCAUUAGUCUGAUUCAUAGCUUUUUAGAAGACUUGUGUUAAUAAAGAGCAUUUUCUGUGCUGUCAUUUGGCCAAAUUAAAAUAAAAAAGACACUGAUUGUGGAUAUGCUCAUUCAGCAGCUUGGUAGAGAUCUGUACCCAGCCCAGUUUCAAAAUCUGUAAAUCAGACUGAGGACAGGCUGAUAUCAAUCACCAUGUGGCCGCUAUCAAAUGGUUUUUUUUCUGUGGUAUGACUGGAAAUGCACCUGGGGGCUUAGAUGACUGUUCCAAGGAACUCUGCUGGGGUAAAAACAGAAUACUAGAAUGAGAGGCUCCUGAUUGGUGGAGCCUUUUCCUGGUCUGUGCAAACACUGCCUGUGUUUGUGGUUUUUUUUUUUUGUUGGUUUUUUUGCACUGUAUUAACAGAAGCAAUUUUGAAGUUUAUUUAUAUAGCAUGUUUAAUGUAGUGUCUAUGUAAAGCAUUUAAAAGGGAAAUUAGUUCCAACAAAGAUUAUAUCUUAGUAUGUAUCUCAUAUGUAUUUUCAUAUAGUUUUGUAAAGUGUCAGACUAAAAAUACACCAUUAAAAUAUUCCUACACCUUUUGCCUGCAAAACCUUUGUGCAUGGAUUUUCGGGUCAAGCUGUGAAUGGAAUUUUGAUGAGCUGGUUAAUUUAGUCCCAUAACUAUACCCCCAUCACAUGGCUAGCUGCUCGCGUUGUCUGUAUGGCUUGUUGCGACUGAUGGUUGAGGUAAUUGACACGCUGAAGGAUAUUUGUUUGCCUUCAAGAUAACCCCUAUCCAGGCAGUUAGGGGACAGCUCUUUCUUGGCCUUCGUAUAUUCACUCUUUCAUAAAGCAAUGUGAAAGUUGUUCAGUAGACUCAUGCCUUGUCCCUCUUUGUCCUUUUGUUGGCUGCAGUUUCAAAGCUUGCAUCUGUCUCCCUACUUCCCUGCCAAUCUACUUUGUGCGUCAGCAAAUAAUGCUGCCAAAGUCUUAGAUCUCUUCUGAGCCCUUUUCCGCCUUCUGGAACGAGCGGCUUGCAAGCGUUGGGUACUAAGAUAUUGGGUGCCAUCUGGGGGGGGGGUGGGGGGGGUACUUCUGGCUCCUCUCCCAAACGUGUGUUCAGUUUGGCAGUCCUUUAAAUAUUUGUAUCAACGUCACUAGCCCAGUUAAAACUAAUUUAUGUAGGUUUGCAGCAGAUGCUGCUGCAUAAGUUUGAACAAAUCAGGCAGCUCCAGGUGGUCUUGUAAGUAUAUACAUAAUAAGCUUAUGGUGCAGUAGGAUUUAUAGUAAUCAGUGGCUGUUCAGGCUUUGAAAGUGGUUUUGGAAGUUCCAUAAUCCUGACACGGAGAAACUGUGCUUAAUUGGCCUUUGUUUCUUAGAGCUGCAGUGGCCAAAAGUUAGAUCCCCAGCUGUUGUGGAACUACAAAUCUUGUGAUGAUUUGCCAGCCUUUAGACUGGUAUCUGAGGCUACAUGCUUAAAGUGUACAUCUCUUGCUAUCUAGUAUCUUUUUUUUUUUUUUUUUUUUUUUUAAAUAUUCCCACACUUCAAGAAAUCAAUUUGUUUGCUAUUACUAUGUAUAUAAUGCAUUUAAAUUCUGCAGCGUCAAGGGCAAUUUCCCCAAGGACUAGAGUGUAACUAUGGCUGGUUCCCUUAUUUACCACUAUAACGUCUUAAAGCAUAGAACUUAGCAGGGCUAACCAUACAGAUAUCUUAGCCAUAAUUUUAUAUAGUUAGUGUAAUGGCAGAGAAUUGAGCAGUGAGACUACAGGGGUAUGUUCUAUACACCAAAACUGCAUCAUUAAGCUAGUUGUUUUGGUGACUAUAGUGUCCCUUUAACUAUGAGAACUGGUGAUUUUACAGCAAAAAAAUUAGUGCAACUGCUGCAGUCUGAACUGGCAGGAACAUGUAUUAGGGUUAGGCAAUUAGAAUAAUAUUUUUAGUCAGAAAACCGUGCAUGUGGUCGAAGAUUAAAAGAAACGGCAUGCUCAGGGAAGGGUAAGUGACAACCAUACCCACAUACAGUAGAGGACUUUAUACAGGACAUACAUUGGUAGAAAAAAAAAAUUCAACAAGGAUUUUAUGAUAUGUAAAUUAAAUAAUGAGCGUUCUCUUUAUGAGCCCAACAUUCAGUUUUGUUUCACAUUUGCUCUCUAUUACUUACAGCCUCCUUUGGAAAGCUUAGCUACUGUUGAAGAGACAGUUGUACGAGACAAGGCAGUGGAUUCAUUGAGGAAGAUCUCUCAUGAACAUUCUCCUGUCGACCUUGAAGCUCACUUUGUGCCCCUGGUUAAAAGACUAGCCAGCGGAGACUGGUUCACUUCUCGUACUUCUGCAUGUGGUCUUUUCAGUGUGUGCUAUCCCAGGGUGUCUAGCACCGUGAAGGCAGAGAUAAGACAGUAAGUCCAAUGAGUUCUUUAAUUUUCACAUGAAAGUUGUGCAAAGCAAGACAGCCAAAAGUAGUGUUCUAGUGUGCAGAAAUGAAAUUGCUUCAUGUCACAAGGGCAUAGCUGAAGCCAAAUGUUGAGUUAAUGGGACACUAUAGUCAUUGGAACAAUUACAGUUAAAGCGACACUGUAGGCACCCAGACCACUUCAGCUAUUUGAAGUAGUCUGGGUGCUGUGUCCCUUUUGCAUGUUUACAUUGCUGCUCUAAAUCUGCCCUCUGUGGCUGUCUUAUCAGACAGUCACUAGAGGGCUUCCGGAAUCCAAACAGACUUUUGGUCUGUUAUCGGACGCUGGACGUCCUCACAGACCUCCAGUGUCAGAUUCUCCUGAUAGGAAAGCAUGGGGAGGUCUAAUGAGCACUUGGCCAUUGCUGCGCAUGUGCAUUAGGUCUCCCUUGGCGCUGGAGUAGCGUGGGUGGAACCUGACACAGCGCCGGCGCUGAAUUCAGGUAAGUGGCUGAAGGGGUUUUAACUCCUUCAGCCCAGCGGGAGGAGGGCACUCCAGGAGCCUAUAGCACUACAGGAUACCUUUAAGUGUAGUUGUUAUGGUGUCUAUAGCCUGUACCUUUAGGCUUUUUAAUGCAAACACUUCCUUUUCAGAGAAAAGGCAGUGUUUACAUUACUGCCUAGUAACAUCUCUAGUGGAGGUCACUCAGACGGGUUGAUUCCUGGGUUGAGUCAAUGCAUCUUUACGAGGAGAUGCUGAUUGGCGCAGUGUGGUGUUUUGCCGCCCAUGUGCAAUAGCCUCCCAGUACUUCCUUAUGAUCUCCGCCACGAAGCUGGUAAAAAGGCGAGACCGACGCGGCUUGGAGAAAAGUUAAAAUCACUUCUUUUUACCUCGGUCAUCUAAAUAGUUAUUUUACCUCUAUAAUGUUAAUAAUACAUUAUUUUGUGUUCCUCACACUAUAGUUUUUUUUUUUGUUUUUUUUUUUAACAAAACACACUUGGUAUGUUUAAAGUGGAUUUGGCUCCAGCUGUAUUAACUGAGAGUGUUAAGUUCAAUCCCUAGCAACGUCAACAAAGCCUAUCCAUUUGCUGAGGUUUAUAAAAUGAGAACAAUUAUGUUGGAUAAUAGCAUUUAUAACCAGCACACACUUGGAAACUAUUGACAAACUAAAUGUCCUUUCUUUGGUCAGAAACUGAGAUAUUCUUUUUAAUAAACAUGAGUCAAUAAAGAUACAUAUUAAUGUAUUUCUAGAUUGCAAGUGACUCUCUGGUAGUCACAGAGAGCAGGGAAGAAAGGGACAUAAUCUAAAUACUACAGGUCAGCAUCUAUCACAUCUUACUGCUUACUUCAGCAAACUGAACUGAGACCGCUUUAUCAUGGAGGUUCAGUAGGUCUGAUCAGAAAAAAAGAAAAGUUUUUUUUAUUAUGCAUUCUAUGCAGCAUAUUAACAGAAUGGCAUUUCUCACAGCAACAAUACAAAAGCAUUAUUAAAAAAAAUUUAAUGUGUGCAAAACAAACUUCUAAUGUGUUACACAAAAGUCACACACUGUAUUUAAAACGUGUAUGUGUACAUAUGCAUAAUCCUAAAUUAAACCACUGAGAACUAAACAUGGCAAAAUUCAGGGAAUGAAAAGUGCUUCCUUCAAAACCACACAAUUUAUAUCGAGCAGUAAUAGGCACGAACUCUAGGGUCCUUUUUUAAUGCUCUAACACUUUCACCUGUUGUGACAAUCCCCAGUCAUUCAGAAUGCAAUACAUUGUGCUUUUUUAAAUGCAUGAAUUGAGUUCAUAUGUACCGGAGCCUAAUGUAUGUCUUAUAUGAAGGCCCUCUGGAAAACCGCUACAAGCUUUACCCUCCUUUCUGAUGAUGCAGUAACUCUUGCUUUGGCUUGUUCCAGGCACUUCCGAAACCUGUGCUCAGAUGACACACCCAUGGUACGGCGUGCUGCUGCGUCCAAACUGGGCGAGUUCGCAAAAGUCCUUGAACUUGAAUAUGUGAAAAAUGACAUAAUUCCACUCUUUACCAACCUGGCGUCAGAUGAGCAAGUGAGUAAUUAUCAUUUUAAAAUACCCGUAUGGGUGGGACCAGUCUGAUAUGUUUCAGAGAUGUUCUCUCUGUAAUGGCACAGGAUGAGCUAAAACCAGCUUGGUUCUGAGCGGGGACCCACCGAAGGGCAGGCUAUUUCAGCUGCUGCCCGUUCUCAGGAUACUCUUGCGCCCCGUUUUUAGCUCUAUUUAUCAUUUUAGUUUUUAAUAUGCACAGUUUAGGUUCACAUAUCCAUACAUGUUACAUCAAUAUUUCACACAACCAGCCAAGCACGUUCUGCAGUUUGAGAUCUGGAGGGGAAGUUGGCUGUAAACAUUAUCCUUAACUCGUUCUUUUCCUUAGCCUAUGGCAAUUAAAGGCUUAAACCAUGGCCAUAUAUUGUUUAAUUUAAAAUAAAGCAUGUUACCGAAGGUUGCUCGAUGUAAACAAAAAGAUUGCUGCUCUUAUCUGCUUGAGAGUUGACUCGGUGUAUGAACAAAGUAGGAUUUAAAGGUUUUAACUGCAUAAUUUGGUCAAAUGCUUAGUGAGGCUUACCAGUCAUUUCGUAACACAUACGGGCUCAGCUUUGUGCUCUCAUAGGCAGUGUGAUAAUACAUAGCAGCCAAAACAUUAUCAGAGUGUCAUGACUAAAUUAGUAUUCCUUUCCAUUAACCGGCUAAUGACCAAUCAUCAGUGUUGAGUUUAUAAUCUGUACCUCUGAGACCUUGUGCUGCCCCCUGCUGUCCCUAUGUAAUGGCUCAUCCCACCAUACAAAUCUCUUAAAAGGUUAUCAGAUCACUGCUAAAAUACAGCAGGCUGAUGCUGACUCCAAUUGUAAUGUAUCAUAUAAAUAAUCAACUAACACACAUGCAAAAUGUUUUUAAAAUGAUAGUCCCACGGGGUCUGUAGUGUGCUCAGCUCAGGAAGUAUCUCAGCCACUAAACCUGUUAACCUUUAUUGAAGCAUUGGGCGCAUGCGCAGCAAUCAGGCUUUUACUGUCUGUACUUCUCAUAGAGCAAGACUGAAUCCAAUGCUUCUCUGUGCGCUUGGGCACAAAACAGUCAGUAAGCGCACCCUCUCGGCUGUGAUAUACAGCCAGGUGGGAACUCCAUACAGGUGACAUUUUAUCUUGUAAGAAAGAGGGGACUCUCAGCAAGUUGAAUUGCAUUGGUAGUUUUGAGUAUUCCAUCAACAAAGCAACCCUAGAAGCAAACCUCUUGUACUCUGGAGAAAUUAGAAAUGUUGGUGCUGUAGAUUUUUAGAAAUAAAUGUAAUGUGCAGUUGCACAAUUACAGUGAGUAAUGCCAAGCCCUGCUGCGUUGCGUUAAUUAUAUUGCUGCAUUCCAAGCUGGGUCCAUGGAAACUUGAGAGCUGGUUGGUGGCAUGUGCAUUCAUCUAGGGAUGCCAUGUCUCUUUUCUUUACCUCCAUGCUAAAGCAUUUAAAUAGUGUAAUUCCAGGGGAAAUAGGAAUGCAUUGUAUAAUGAUGCACAAUGCUGAUCAGGUGAUGGUUACGUGACCGCAUACUUAGAGCCAUCUUGGGACCACUGCUGUGUAUUCCCAGGUUAUAUUAGCACAACGAAAUGGCUGUCGCAUAUCCUCAAACCAUAAGAAGUUGCCAGGCAUCAGGUGCCAUGUGUUUGAAUUUAAUGAAUUUAAAUUUGCAACAGGAAGCAUACUGGAACCAUUCAAUGGCAUCUUUUGUUUGUUUGCUCAAAAGCUGUAAUACCCAGUGGGAAUAUGGGGAACAUGUCCCAGUUUUGCACCUGCUCCUGGUUGUCUUAACUAAAAAGUUCACAGAUAGCUCCCUGACAGCUGCUUCUUUUACUCGAAUCCUUCUAUGAGCCCUGACAUUCCCUCGGUUGAAAGUCCCACUGGGCAUAUAUCAGAAGUCUUUUUGUUGGACUAGUAUUGCUUUGCCCUUCCUGCUAUCAUUAUUUACUCUGUGUCAUUGGUUAUCUAUGAGAAACCUAUGCAGCACCACUGACACUAGAAGAAAUUGCAAUGGCUGAAAAUGUUUUGCUCUACUUUGUUCUCCCUAGGACUCUGUGCGUCUUUUAGCAGUGGAGGCCUGCGUCAGCAUUGCUCAACUGCUUCCCGAAGAAGACCUGGAGGCUCUGGUGAUGCCAACAUUACGGCAAGCAACGGAAGACAAAUCCUGGCGUGUCCGCUACAUGGUAGCAGACAAAUUUUCAGAAGUAAGAAAGAUACCAUUCUUAAAGUAUAUACUCCAGAUUUAUUAUAUAUAGCUAUCAGAUAUUUAGGGUAGAGCAAAAGGGAAGUACGUGAAGAUGGGUAACCUAAAGAACUACUGUUUUACAUAAAAGGUCUUUGAGUUCGUGGAAUAGUCUUCCAGCCAUGGUGGUAUAGUUCCCAGACUUGGAUUUACGGACUGAGUAUUUGGACGUUCAGCAUUUGUCUGCUAUAUGGUAUCUUUUAUGGGCAAUAGGUAAUAAUUUAAGAUGUCUGUUUUGGAGACUAGCACAUCUACAGAUUAUUUAAGUAGGAAGAGAAAAGUUAGAGCAUUUUCAAGAUGAGUCAGAAGCUUUAAAUAUGUUAAAUAUAUUAGUAAUCAGUAAUUUUGUUCAUUUUUCCAAAAGAUACUAUUUAUUUGCUGGCUGUUCUUUGUUUUAUAUUGCAUACAUAUAACUCUAGAAUUAACUUUAUACAUUUCCGAUUGUUUUUUUUUUAGCUUCAGAAAGCAGUUGGUCCAGAGAUCACAAAAAACGACCUUGUUCCCGCUUUUCAGAACCUGCUGAAAGAUUGUGAGGCAGAAGUUCGGGCAGCAGGAGCCCAUAAAGUUAAAGGUAUUAAACUGCAUUAUUCCAUAAUUUCCAUCUUUUGAAUUCACAGUUGUUAUGGGCAAAUGCCCAUAUCUGUAUGGUUAGCCCUGCUAAGUUCUAUGCUUUAAGACAUUAUAGUGGUAAAUAAGGGAACCACCUGCGGCUACACAGUAUUUAAACAUGAAUUUUGUUUGGUUUGUGCAAGAGGUGGACUUGUGAUCGCUACUUAAAGCGUCACUCCACUGCCCAAAUAAAAAAUAGAUAUAAAUGUUUGUUUAGUAGAUAUACCCCCAAUGAAAACAUUUAAUUAUGCAUUAUUUUCACUGAGGGUAUAUCUAAAAACAGCUUGCAAUAACUGCAGAUCUCUUUUAUCUGCAGCUUUUGCAAGCCCUCCCCUUCUAACCCCACAUAGACUUUCUGUGACUGUCCAAUCAGACUUCCCAAUGCAGUUUACUUAGAAGUAUCUGCGAUCCAAAACAGGCAGGUUAUGGUUAUAGUUUAUCUUCACAGUGCAAAUACUUUUGGCAUAAAACCUGUGUUGGUUCAGUAUCAAACUCAAGAUCACUCUUGGCACCAAAACAACUUCUCUAGCUUGAAAUGUUAAUGCUAGGAGGUGUGCCUGCCUAUCCAAGGAGGUAAACUGAUAACAGACUGGACUGUUUUACCUCAACGUCUUCAAUCCUGUCCCUGUCAGCUUUGCCCUUUCACUUCCAGUGCAGACUGAGGCUUCCGUCAGGAAGCCAUGGCCCUGCUGCCGCUGAGAGCGUCAGACUUUGGGGUUAAGUCGUUCGGCAAAUCGUUCAUUUAACCCUUUCAGGUAAACCAGUGCCUGGGACCUUCUCACACCACAACAACUUAAUUCCAUUGUCCCGUUAAAGAGGCAUGCUAAUAUAGCUCACUGGCUUCUCACUGUGGAUAUUGCAUAAAGCCAGUUAAUGUCCUAUUUGGACAAAAUCGCUAUUGCCAGUGCUUAAGUGUAACUUUCGUAAGAGCAGCAUGCUGCCCUCAGUUUAUGUCAAAUAACUCAAAACACCAGGGGAAUGCUGGCACCAUAACAACUACAGCAUUUAUGGGUGCUCAAUUUGCCCUUUUAACUAUAAUUUAACUACACUAAGUAAGGGCUGAGAUUUAGAAUGUUUUAAUUUUGUUUCAGAAUUCUGUGAAAAUUUGCCAGCCGAUGGAAGAGAGACCAUCAUAAUGAAUCACAUUCUGCCCUAUAUAAAGGUAAUCUCAAUUUAUGCCCCCUGAGGAGCCUGCCUGGUGAAACGUAGAUCGGGCUUGGCAAGUACUUUGGGCGGCUGAUUUUUUUCUUUCUUUUUUUUUUCUUGUAAAAUAAGAAUCAGGACUUUUUUAUACCUUGUGAUUAUUAUUUUCUAACUUGAAGGAGUACUUGGCUGUCUACAUAAUAAUUUUCUGUAGCUGUCAAGAGUUUCAGUUAGUCAGAAUCAUGAUGAGAUUAGGUGCCCUCGAAGGCACAGAAUAGCAUCUCCUUUACUAAAAUAUAGACAGCUCAGCUUUGUAACUCUAAUCUGAUUUAUAGUAUAUUAUCUGUGGAAGCUGGUAUCUUGCUACAGUGUGAUAUUUGACACACCACUUGGUGAUGCUAAUUUGUUACUUUUUUGUUACGAAUUGUAACUAUUCUGUUAUUCUGUAGCUUACGAUUCUAAUGCAGAAAAUCUGUACUGUCUUUUAGGUGCCUGAUGUUGAUACAUUUAGCCAGAUAUUAUUGUUCACAUAAAUUUCCUAUCAGACCACACAUAAUAAUAAUAAUAAUAAUAUUUAUAUAUUAUCUCUGUAUUUACUUUGGGUUUUGAUUUUGUUCUUUUCCCUUUUUUUCGUGUGUGUGUGCAAAAAAAAAAAAAAAAUAUAUAUAUAUAUAUAUUUAGUUUCUCUCAUGCACUUUUUAUUGAUAACGUUAAUAUAUGUUACGUUUUUAGAUAUAUUUUUAUUUUUUGAUGGAUUUACAUUCUAUAUGUUCAAAUAUAGAAACAUAAAAAUAAAGCACUUUAUUUACAGCAGCAGUAGCCUAAAAUACAUCAUAAAAACAAAGAGAACGUUACCUGUGCUCUGGCCUAAAUCCCUGUGUACAUUUAAACAAAAUGGAGGCUCUUUAGUUUUAUUUUAUUGGCCAAUUGAAGAUAAGCUCAUCUGCCACGUCAAGGCAAGCCCUAUAAGGUCCCACACUAGCCAUUAGAAUUGCUGAUAUCAGCCAAGAAUCUCCAGUGAGACAGGAAGGGGUAUUUUAUAAACCCUUUCACACAUACAAUAAACCUUGCUGGUAUCAGACAAAGUGUAAACAGCUGUAAUGAGACAGGAAGGGGUGUUUGUAUAAACCCCUACAUACUUAUUAACCCUUUAUAGGGCUUUCACACAUACAAAUCACCUUGCUGGUAUCAGACAAAGUGUAAACAGCUCUAAUGAGACAGGAAGGGGUGUUUUUAUAAACCCCUACAUACUUAUUAACCCUUUAUAGGGCUUUCACACAUACAAAUCACCUUGCUGGUAUCAGACAAAGUGUAAACAGCUCUAAUGAGACAGGAAGGGGUGUUUUAUAAACCCCUACAUACUUAUUAACCCUAGAUAGGGCUAUAACACAUACAAAUCACCUUGCUGGUAUCAGACAAAGUGUAAACAGCUCUAAUGAGACAAGAAGGGGUGUUUUAUAAACCCCUACAUACUUAUUAACCCUGAAUAGGGCUAUAACACAUACAAAUCACCUUGCUGGUAUCAGACACCUUGCUGGUAAACAGCUCUAAUGAGACAGGAAGGGGUGUUUUAUAAACCCCUACAUACUUAUUAACCCUAGAUAGGGUUAAUAUGUUCAAAUGUAGGUUAAUUCAGGGCAUUUUGUUAUGGUCUUCAGUUGUAAUUUCACUAUGUGCCCUAAAUAUGGAUAUAUGAGCUCUUUCUUAUGUAUCAAUUUAUGCGCAUUUCAACUUUUGGCUUCCUUGCAUCCCCUUUCAGUUUGCAAUAAUCCUCAGUUUUCUGUUGUGACAGUGUAAAAGAUCACACAAUCUAUAUUUAUUUAUUUUCUUCUUUACAUUACUUUACAUUGGGCAGUUGAAAUUAAUCCAGAAUCUGUGAGUGGUUCACAGAGCAUCAUGGGAAAUGCCUACUGGCCAAAUGUAAUGGAACUGAGAGGGCUGUGACCAUUUAUUCCUCCAGUGUUCAGCUUCUCAAACUUACUUAAGAAAUAUUACCAAACUGAGAUUGAGACAGUGCACACAUGCAAGAACACACAGAUCUAUACACUACUCCUGUUAAAAAAAUAAAAAAAAAUUUUUUAUUUAUUUUUUAUUUUAAAUGGUGCAAAUCCAAAUGACCCCCUCCUAUCAACCAGUGACAUUUCUUAGGGAGCAACAAUCCCUGAAUAAUAUCCAACAAAAUGAAGAGGGCAAGCUAAGUAAUGCUUAGAGGGACACUGUAGACACCCAGACCACUUCAGCUCAUUGAAGCGGUCUGGGUGCCAACUCCCAUCACCCUUAACCCUGCAAGUGUAAUUAUUGCAGUUAUUAUAAACUUAAUUUAUAUUUAUAUAAUUUAUUCUUCAAUAACACCUCAUACUUCCUUUUUCAUUACUUGAGUUUCUUGUCUUAAUUUUAUUGCACUGGCGUCUGGUUUGCCAAAUGUUUGGUCAUACCUUUUCAAUUACUUUAAACUAUUUACAAAUAAAGUAGCAUCAUAACCCCUUCAUUGAGAUAAAGUUGUUAUGGUGCCCGGAGUGUGUGUUUAAUGCAUUCCUAAGUUGACUUUAGGACUCUCAAGCAUAUCUCCUCAAAUUAUGAAAAUGUAGUGUAGCUCUGGGUAUUCAUUCAUUUCCUUUUAAAAGUUCAAAUAUGGGGCGUGGCCGGACAUCGAGUGCGAUGGACGCACACUAAGUGAGCUCCGCUGACUCGGGCUCCUCAAAGCGGCACAAAGCAGCCAUACCGGGUGAUUCCCCAGUCCCACAACGCAGGCACGAUGUCCCAGCACCGGGGGAAAAAAAGCGCGGAGGCAAAAGAUAAAUCAGCCUUCUUUGCGGCUCGCACGCCGCAGUCUAAAAUUGCCGACACACAAAUCCAAGAUGGCGCCGACCCGGACUUUGAACCGGAGCAUGACCCCACAGUGAGUAAACCAGACGAUUGCCCCCUGACUCAGAGCCUCCUGCAAUCCAUGCUAGAUGGAGCAGUUACUAAAAUGCAAGCUUCGAUCACUGCAGCCCUCAGUGAUAUAAGGAAAGGCUUCCAAGAACUAGAAACUCGGACCUCCCAUCUUGAGGACACUGUGGAGGGCCUCAUGGGAGCCCAAAAUGAAUCUGAUACACGCCUCAGCAAAAUUGAGGAACAGCUCCAUAACCAGGAGACCAAAAUAGCGGACGCAGAAGACAGAUCACGCCGCAAUAAUAUUCGAUUAAGGGGAGUACCUGAGGAAAUUGCGCCACACAACUUAACAGCCUUCGCUGUGGAGCUCUUCCACGUUUUACUUCCCGACAUUCCCGCAGAAAUGUUCCUGCUGGACCGCAUACAUAGGCUUCCUAAGCCACAACACCUGGCACCAUCCACUCCAAGAGACGUCCUCAUGAGACUCCACUACUUCCAUAUCAAGGACCAAAUACUGCGAGCUCACCGCAACAAAAAGGACUUACCCACUCAAUUCAAAGAUGUCCUCAUGUUUAUGGACCUCUCAGCAGAGACACUACGCCGCAGACGCUCAUUCAAAGCCGUGGCAGACACACUGAGGCACCACCAUGUGCCGUACCGCUGGGGAUACCCAGCAAAACUGCUCAUAUCGAAAGGCGGGAAGCUCAUCUCAGCAUCCACACCAGCAGAAGGCCUGAACCUCUUGCAACAAUGGGAUAUGUCCCUGAAUACACAGCCGAAUCCCAAGAACCCCAGCAGACCGCCAUUUGAAAUCGGACGGCCUCAGAAGACGAGACGCACAUCACCAAGAGAAGAGUGAACAUGCCUAUCGGGAAACAGCAAGUUCUUUCCACGUUUAUACUGUUAUUUACCUGUUAUACACUAGAUUAUACUGUAACGAUAAUGCAUUGUUCACAGAUUGCUAGCACCCUUAUGAUAUGCCUAUGAGACCCUCCCAUUGGAGAUGGGAGCGGCAUUAAAUGCAUCAAGCGCAAUGGGCCUUACUAAACAACACUUCUUUGCUCACUUGUGACACACCCUAUCGGUUGCCGACCUCUAUGGUCACAGCCUCUACUACCCCAGCUCAGGCCCUUUACUGCCCAUACCGGUGCCGGUCGCUCCAACCGACACAUGUUAACCGCACAAUUGGGCGAGGCGCACCCGACCCACGUUGGACCCGUAGCGACCUCCGCUCGCCCCGAACCGACCACAACACCCCCCACCUAGGAAGUGCCAUAGUUACGGCACAUACCCCUACAAGUUAUUAUUGUACGAUACUUUCUUUGUUUAUUGCAUAACUGUUUAUUGUCUUAUUUUAUUUUAUUGUGUUCAACCAAGUUUAUCAUAGACCUAGUGGUAAACAACACCGACCACUCCACGGAAACCCGUUACUGAUCCACACGAUCACCCACACCGGACGCCCUGACAGGCGCCUCGCUCCGUCGAGGCUUAGCCCUCCCCCUCCUCCCAACACUACGACACACACACGCAACAUACGACUCACAAAUACCAGUCACCCACACUAGCCACAGACAAUGAAAAUAAUCACACAUAACGUACGCGGACUGAACUCACCCAACAAACGACACACCCUCCUCAAAGAACUUACUAACUCACGUGCAGACUUUGUCUGCCUGCAGGAGACUCACUUCAAACAUGACUCCAACCCCAUUUUGGGACUCAAAAACUUCCCGCACCAGUAUCAUGCGACCUCCCCUAACAAAAGCAAAGGUGUGUCGAUACUGCUAAGUCAUACUCUAGCCUUUGACCUAAUUUCAGUCGAAUAUGAUCCGAAGGGCCGUUAUAUCAUUCUAAUAUGCACCUUGAACAACUCAACAUACACGCUAGUGAGCUCUUAUUCCCCAAAUGACAACCAGACGACUUACUUGGCCUCCCUAUUAGAAAAAGUGGACAAACUCCAAACAGGUACCACGAUCAUAUGCGGCGACUAUAACCACAUACUAGACCCGAAUGCAGACUCCACAGCUAGACACUCAACAAAACGAAAAAAGACACUACACAAAUGUUGCAACUCUAUAAAUAAGCUUUUGUCAGCACAUGGACUAUAUGAUGUCUGGAGAACCCUACACCCAAACGAUAAGGAAUACACCCAUUACUCCCAAGUCCACAAUACCUACUCCCGUAUAGAUGGGUUCCUCCUACGAAACACGCACCUACACCAAAUAAGAACAUGUGACAUAGAAACGUCCUCGAUCUCAGACCACAACCCGGUGUCACUAGUCCUUGCAGACUCAUACCAAUUUAAACACCGAAGUCCAUGGCGGUUAAACGAACAUCUCCUCAACGACCCCUCAUUCCUGGACAAAGUAAAAACCGAACUAACUCUAUACUUCACGCGCAACAGUCCCACUGACACGUCCCCCGCCACACUCUGGCUAGCCCACAAAGCAGUCAUCCGUGGUAUCUUGAUAGGCAGAGCAGAACCAACCACACUUCACUGCUCUCACUCCUCAAGAAAGUUCAGGACCUACAUAGGCUGAACCAAACAAAUCCCACGACGUCACUCCGACAGCAAAUACAAAGCACACAAAACGAAAUCAAUGUCAUUCAUCUCCGCAAGGCAACGACAGCGCUGAAAAAACUAAAAGCUACAUCCUACUCGAUGGGUAACAAAGCGACGAAACUACUGGCACAAAGACUUAGAGACAAACAAGCCCAAACGAGAAUACAAUUCCUAUGCAAGCCCAACGGACCAAAAAUAAUUCAGCCCGCUCAGAUCUGUAACGAAUUCGCCCACUACUAUAGCUCUCUUUACAACCUGAAAAACGACCUAAACUCCCCAUGACCCACACCAACGUCCAUACGGUCCUACCUCACCAACCUAGCACUUCCCACUAUUAACGCACACCAAGCAGCUCUACUCAGUGCCCCAAUCACUACAGAAGAAGUUCUUCACCACAUAGAGGGAAUGCCCAGAGCUAAAGCACCAGGACCAGACGGGUACACCAAUGCAUACUACAAAACAUUUAAACACAUACUGGCCCCCCCACUUACCAAAUUCUUUAAUGCAGCGACCAACCAGAGCUCCUUCCCCACUGAGUUCCUGUCAGCCCACGUAAUCACAAUACCCAAACCAGGAAAACCUCCAACUGUAUGCCAAAACUUCCGACCAAUCUCGUUGCUUAAUGCAGACACUAAAAUGUACGCAAAAAUUCACGCUGAUCGACUGAAAACAAUAUUACCCUCCCUUAUACACACAGAUCAGGUAGGCUUUGUGGCAGGUAGACAGGGACCAGACAACACCAGGAAGGUCCUUGACAUACAUCACUUCCUAAAACGGACCAACUUGGAGAGCAUCAUGCUCUCGUUAGACGCCGAAAAGGCGUUUGAUCGCCUAAACUGGAAUUUCCUACACGAAGCCCUGACCUUAUACGGCUUUCCUCCGUCCUUCUUGGCGGUCAUUCAUGCCCUCUACAGCAACCCCACAGCGACAGUACUAACUUCGGGGUUCUGCUCCCAACCCUUCCCAAUAACCAAUGGCACCCGCCAAGGCUGCCCACUAUCCCCCCUCCUAUACGUCCUAGCCCUAGAGCCACUAGCUAUAGCCAUCCGCAAAAAUGAUAGCAUACAUGGGGUACCUAUUGGCCAACAGGAGUACAAACUUAAUCUAUUCGCGGACGACAUUCUACUCACUCACCCAACCACUCAUCUCCCUCCCUUCAUUACACAAAGAACUACACACAUACAGUCAACAAUCCUACUAUAAACUCAACAUCGCCAAGACACAAGCGAUAUGCUUCAAUGUACCUAGGAAUACUGAAAAUACCCUUAAAGCAACACACGAAUACGACUGGAGAGCAGAUUUCUUAACAUUCUUAGGCAUCAGGAUAACUAACAAGACCACUGACCUCUUCACAGCAAAUUACGUAAAACUGUUUCGAGAAAUUGAAAGACAACUACAUAGUUGGAAAAAUUUAUUCCUGUCAUGGGUCGGAAAGAUAGCGGCUAUCAAAAUGACGAUACUUCCUAAAUGCCUGUAUCUCUUCCGGUCCUUGCAAAUCAAGAUCCCACAAAGCUACCUGAUCAAGAUGCAAGCAGCCCUCCUCCGCUUCUGCUGGUGCGGUAAACGCCCCAGGGUACCUAAAGCCCUGCUCUUCAAACACACAAAACAAGGAGGUAUGGGAUUCCCAAACCUCAAAGCAUACCACCACGCAGCUCUACUCUCAAAUGUAAUCAAUGCACACACGACACACCAGCCUCCACAAUGGGUAGCGUUGGAAAGCCAGCUCUGCAUCAACAACGACCUUUCAUCCACGCUGUGGACUCCCAAACACGUAAGGCCAAGCUCCAAGGACCUAUUGCCCACCACCAAACUCCUGCUAUCCACAUGGGACACCUGCAGAAAAAAACUAUGCUCGGCUCACCCGUGGGAAUUAACCGCCCCGAUCAAAACAAUACACCACUGCAAUGGCACAUUCCCACACCGUAAAUGGGAAAAAAAGGGCAUCACGCACCUAUCCCACCUCUACACAGCUGAAGGCCUAAAACAGUUCCCAGACCUUCAAACCGAAUAUUCGCUCCCACCAAACUUCGCAUUCUCGUACCUACAAUUAAAAGCUCUACUGAUAGAUAACUCGAUCACUAACAGUAACCAGACUUUAAAGACCUCAGCGACGAAAUUUGAACGACAAUGUAUGUCAGCAACACCUCCGAAAAAAGCGCUGUCCACCUGCUACGACGGCCUAGAAAACCCCAAAACAGAAGUCACAUGGAAAUUCAUGAAGGACUGGCAGGAAGACCUCCAAGAACAGCUCUCCCCAAGUGAAUGGGAGGACCUAUUCACAACACACGAAGGUUUAUCCUCAUGUGCGGCACAUUUUGAAACGUCACGCAAAUUGCUAUAUAGAUGGUACAUGGUACCCUCACGACUACAUAACAUGUAUCCUGACACACCAGACAUAUGUUGGCGCUGCAACUCACACAGAGGCACAAUGUUACACGUGUGGUGGACCUGCCCCACUGUGAACGAACUCUGGACAACGACGGAACAUAUGAUACAAGAUGUUACGGGAUACACCUUGUCCCACGAGCCCAAAACAAUUCUCCUAAGAUCAUUCCCUGACAACAUCCCCAAACCAGCAAAAAAAAUGAUAUAUAUCAUAUUGAGCACAGUCUCCAACCUAAUAGCUAGAAACUGGAAGACCUCUACACUACCCUCAACACAGGAAAUUAAGACUCUGUUGUCAACAACAGUGGAUUAUGAACUACAAAUGUGGAAUCAACUCAAAAUAGGGAAACUGAGCCUACCUAUGGCCGAGAUGUGGCGUACCUACCUGUCAACACAACAGCCACUCCCAAACCCCCCCUAGCCUAAUGCGAAAAGAGGCUAAAAUGACUCAAGACACUCUAAACCAAUGCCACUAUGAGUAGCAAAACCUGCCAGCUACUCAAGCGAAGCUAUAUCACACUACACGACUGAGCUAGACUACAGACACGACUCCCUGCCCAAAGAUGUCCUCGUCAGUAACGGACUUCACCAGGGUUAUACCCACUACCCUAGCUAUGAUUCCUACCCCCUGUAUCCCUCUCCCCCCCCCAGCCUCGAACCUUAACCACGAGCCCUACAGGGAAACAAGAAAUCACGCACUAGACUUUUUACAAGAUAUCACAAAUGGAAGUUGCGAGAUGGUUACCGUAUACAAAUACAGCCCAUGGUUCAGGUCCUUAGGAAACGAAAUCACCAGAUCUCCAUUACACCAAAAGCGAAUGGAAACACAGGACACCUAGAAUAGUGAACACACAUAACAAACCAUAACGUAUAUUGUGUCAAUCCUAUAUAAGUUACAUAAGUAAUAUAAAACGCAGCUUACCCUCACACCCUAGAACUGCUGAGAAAGACAAAGAGGCCGAUCCAAGGAAACAUAGCAAUAGACGACAGCAGAGACGGUCCUUGAUAGACCCCAUGAACAAAUGUUAAUAAGCUGCCUCGGUAUACUAGGUAUCCCCAGCUAACCAUCCAUCAAGAUGCCACAUAAUAUAGCAACAUAAAGACAUGUUUGAUAAAAAGAAUCACAGUACAAGUGCAAUUUCAUGAAUAUCAAUGGUAAUGACUUGUUUAACACAAAGCAAUGUUGUACAAACAGCAAUUUCGUGAUUUAAACCUUUUGUUCCCCCUUCCCUCUUUACUUUCUGUACCCCUACCCUUUUAUAUGACAAAACAAUAAAAAUUGUCAAAUUGGAAAAAAAGAAAAGUUCAAAUAUAUAUUUUGUGGGAAAUCAUCUUCAUGUCCUCUUCCUUUACCAAAUAUUGCUAAUAUUGGUCUAGGCAGCUAAAUUGUAUCUUGCUCUGGUUUCCAGAGAAUUUAGAGUUGGGAAAAUCCAGUCUAAAGUUUGAUUUGACAGGCCGUAACCAUCUGUACUAAUGAAGGUUUACUUUGUAGUUUCAUUUUAUAGUUAGGGUUUGGUUUUGUUGACUUUUUUAUAAAGAGAU